GAAAAUCGCCAUGCAUUAUUGACCGGGGAACCCCACGUAUUGCAGAGGCAACGUUACCGCAAGCAUUCACCUCUAAACUAAUCACUUUCCUACUUACAACAAGCUAUAUGCCUUGGCAAGGCGCUGUGCUGGACCUUACCUAGUCGCAACCCCGCGCAACUUCUCUGGCGCACGCGCGGCAUUAAGCGUUCUGGGCUUGAAGAAAAUUUGAAACAAGGCUGAUCGGCAGGUGUUGAACGCGAUGGAGUCGGGAUUAGAGCUCGAGCCCGAGCUGGCCAUAAUUGCCUCGUCGGCGUUUUCUGUCUUCGUCGCUCGGGCGAGCCCAAAUAGCGAAUUCUCUAACAACGCACAAGGGGCGUGGCAAGGGUGGACCAGCUGCCAGCAAAAGGGAGCGUCCUGCGCGGACGUGGACUCCAUUGACGCUUCUUCAGAACUAAAGGCGCCCUGUGAUAGCCAAGAGAGCAUGCAAGAUUCGGUCAUGGGGCUGCCAGGCUUCCUUGCGUCGUUUAUGCAAACCGCCUGGGCGGGCGAGCGUGCGCUUGGAGGUGCAACGCUGGUUGGCGGCGAGCUGGUGGGAGUUCCAGUUGAUGUGCAAGAUGCCAGCAAAAAGUUCGACGACCCGCCGUCCAAGAAGUCGGCGGAAGGAACGCACGUGGGCGUGCUGCGGCACUGCAUCUCGGAGCCGCAGCCGUGCCGCGUCCUGCGCAGCUGCAGCAGCGGCAGCGGCCGGUCACUCACCAGCUCCACCGCCAGCACCAAGACCAGCCCCGAAUACAGCCCUGGCUGGCUACUGCUGCACCCCAACGCUGCGACAACCUCGUUCGGCGGCCUUACGCUUGUGGGUGGCGAGUUUGUGGGCGUUGCGGAAGCAGACGACGUCACGGUGACCAUCACCGUGCGGAAGCUCAAGGGCGCCAAGGCGGACUGAAAGACUCUACACAGAGACCAGUACCAUGAUUGUUAGAGCUCCGUGGUGACGGCACUGCGCAAGCGGCACUCGCCGCGGAAUCUUCGCAAUGCGCAGCCAGCAUUGUGUGCCGCCUCCGAUUUGGGAACAUGGAAGAAGUAUGCAUGGGAACCCGAACACGCAUACAUAUCAUGCGUGGGGCAAUUGGUGCCCUGUCAUUUCAAGCUAAGUGCAUGGGUAAAGGCGAUGUGCGUGCAUACCUAUGGUCACUUGGAAACAUAAUGCCUGAAAGUCGGAGCAGGCGAGUUAGGGUUGAGGGUUCUUAGAGGUCAGCGUACCAGGUGUGUGGCACAUUGGGCGGGAUGUUAGCACGGCGCUAAACAAGCGCAUGUUAGUUGGCUGAGGACAAGAUAUCUUCCCGCGCAUGGGAAGAUUGGCCUGAGCCACGUAUCUAGUCUGAAGCCGCAAGCGUCUACCUCAUCUCCCGGACAUAGCCGCUUGCGGGGGGCAAGUGUCCAGAUGCCCUCGCAUGCGUGGUGAGAGCCGAACGAACGGGUUAUUUAUCUGAUCAAGGUGGAAGCUGGAUUCGUUGAGGGGUGAUCCUUCAUUCGAAUGUCUUGUGUAGCAGGUUGAUCCUGUGGGCGUGUCCGGUGAGACUUGUGGCUGUGACAGGCUGGGGGGGGAGCAACCGCUGCUCUGGACUGGCUGCUUUGGACCGGCGUGACAAUGCCGGAUUGCCAGGCCAAGCCUAUGGUAGGAAAUGCAAGCUGUGUGGUUUGAUUGGGCGCUUCCCUGGGGAAAAGGGCUGCAAAUGAGGCCGUGCGUUUCAUGUUGUCCUCUUUCAGUUGCGACGCCCGUUUUUCCGUGCCAGCUUUUUGCUGAACUUGCAGCACUAAUUCGUACAUCUUCGGUGGGCAUCUCCAUACAGUUGCUAUGCCCAGUGUUGCUGGUCAGAGACCCCAGUACCUGCGGGCACCCCAUUAAGCUGGCAUGCCUGCUGAUUGGACUGAGCGGGUGAUUGACUCUCUGCAUAGUGAAGUGGCACUGACGAUGUUGGUACUGAUACGGGACUGACUUGACAAAGCAUACGUAGUCGGGCCGUACCGUGUAUGAUAUAGCCGAGCAGUGGAGCAGAACAUGCUGCAAUCGGCUGGUGGGGCAGGUGUCGGAGGUGCCGCUAGCAUUGAUGAUGGAUGCUGGUAGAAGGCGACGGGUCGAGGCUGCGGUCGAACGGGGGCGGGCCCGCGGGGUGCAAUGCCUGGUAUCAUCGACUACAUGGCAAGUAUAUAAUGCCGUGGUAUAUUUGUGGGGGCCCCGCCGCGGGUAUAAGGACGGAGAGCAGUAACGGGGGCGCUGUGGAGCAUUAAAGAACCGCGGAACGGCAGACACAACCUUGGACACAACCAACGGGCUGUGCAGCCCCGUACGACGGUGCAUGGGGUGCGCCGACCGCAACCCAGACUCAUGUAACACCGCAGUACC